AUGAUGACAGCAGAACAGGCAUCAUCUACUGAUACGUCAACCGUUGGAAAAAAUGAACAAACUACUGCUUUAUUGUCUCAUGAAUCUGCUGCACAAAAUUUGAAUAAAGCAAAAGUUUCAGGACUUGAGGGGAAACUAACACCAACACUAAUCCUUUCUAUGAUAUUUGCUGUUAUGAGUUCAUUUCAAUUUGGUUUUCAUAUUGGAUGCCUUAAUGCCCCAGAAUCAUUAAUCACUAAAUGGAUUGAAAUUAAUCACAAAGAAUUAGGUGGUGAUCCAAAAGAUCCUGAAGAAUUUAAAUUUCUUUUUGGUGUAAUUGUUGGCUUAUUUGCAUUUGGAGGUAUUUUUGGUGGAUUUUUUUCUGGAGCUGUUGCUGAUAAAUUUGGAAGAAAGAGGGGUUUACUACUAAUUAACAUUCCAAUACUUAUUGCCACAUUAUUAAUGGGUUUGGCAAAGUAUGUUGGAAUUUAUUAUUUUCUGUUUGUUGGAAGAUUUCUUAUUGGUAUUUCUUGUGGUUUAGCUUCAGGACUUGCUCCAAUGUAUUUAUGUGAAAUUGCCAGUGUCAAUUUCCGUGGUUUAUUUGGAUCUCUUAAUCAGUUGUUUGUAACAAUUGCUAUUUUGUUUUCACAAGUACUUGGUCUUCCAUAUAUCUUUGCACUCGAAUCUCCAAAAUAUGAUCUUAUUAUUAAAAAUAAUAGUGUUGGUGCCGCAGGAUCAUUAAGAAAACUUAGAGGAUGUGAAAAUGUAGAAGCUGAAUUGGAAACAUUAAGAAGUGAGGCUGAUGAGGCAAGACGUCGUCAAAAUGUCAAGAUGAGCGAUCUGUUUAAGGGUGAAUUAAGAUGGCCAAUGACAAUUGCUAUUGUUAUGAUGUUAUCACAACAAUUUUCUGGUAUUAAUGCUGCAAUGUUCUACUCAACAGAAAUAUUUAAAAGUGCUGGUUUGAAAGGUAAUGCACCUGUUUAUGCAACAAUAGGUAUGGGAUUGGUUAAUGUCAUUCAAACUGUCAUUUCAACAUGGCUUGUUGAUCAUCCUAAAUUUGGACGUCGAUCAUUGCAUUUGAUAGGAUUAAUUGGAAUGUUCUUCACUUCAAUAGCUAUUGUAGGAUCUUUGUCUCUUCAAAAAUCUGAUGCUUCUAGUGAUAUCAAACAAUUUGGUUCAUAUGGUGCUAUUGCAUUUGUCUUGUUAUUUGUUAUAUCAUUUGCCACCGGUCCUGGUGGAAUACCAUGGUUCUUUGUAUCUGAAAUUUUUAGUUCUUCUGCCCGUGCAUCAGCAAGUGGCAUAUCGUGCCUUGUAAAUUGGUUUGCUUCAUUUCUUGUAGGAGUAUCUUUUAAAGUAGUUGAAAGUAUCCUGGGAACAUAUACUUUCCUUAUUUUCACAUUUUGCCUUGGAUUUUUCAUUUUCUUUACAUAUAAGUUUGUUCCAGAAACAAAAGGAAAAAGUGUUGAUGAAAUAAAAGUUGAAAUGGAUAGAAUGAAAUCUUUAUAA